AAAUAAUAAUUAAUUUCGAAAUUAAAAAAAGAGAGAGAAAAGAAAACAGAGAAGAGGAAGAGAAAGUAAAGAGAAAGUGGAGGGAAUGAAACCCUGAAUAAGGAACGGUUUAAGGGUAAAACGCGAAACGCAAACGCAAACGCAAACGCAAACGCAAACGCAAACGCGAAAGGGUGGAUAGAAGCGGUUAAGCGAAUCUCAAUCUGCAUAGUCAUCGUUUUCUUCAUCGUCGUUAUCUGCUGUUACGGUCGAUGAUCCAUGCCAAAGAUGAAGCACCUUCUCAGAAAGCUUCACAUCGGUGGUGGCGCUGCCACCAUCAAUCACAAUCACAAUCAUAACGCAUUGUCCUCGCACGAGCAUCACGCUCCCUCCACUUCCACGCUCUCUUCGCCCACCAUAGUUUCGGAUCCGACGCCGACUCGGAGCCCCGUUGUGGAGGCGCAGAACGACGUGGUGGAGUUCAACUUGUUGCAGGAGGAGGAGUUUCAGAUGCAACUAGCGCUCGCAAUCAGCGCUUCCGAUUCCGAUCGCCGUGACACCGCGGAAUCUGCGCAGAUCGACGCCGCAAAACAGAUCAGCCUCGGUUACUCUGCUUCGUUCACUGACACUCAUGCCCUAGUUCAGUUUCAAUCGCUUCGUUAUUGGAACUACAAUGUGAUUGGUUAUGAUGAGAAAGUGAUGGAUGGGUUUUAUGAUGUGUUUGGGGUUACCUCGAAUUUGGUUGAUCGAGGGAAGAUGCCAUUGUUGGUGGAUCUGCAGACGGCUCCUGUCUCAGGAGAUGUCGAUUGUGAGGUGAUUUUGGUGAACCAUGUUGUAGAUCUUGAGCUUAAUCAGCUUGAGAGGAAGGCGUGUAGUUUGGUUGAGGAGUGUUGUGUUUCUGAACUGGGGCUGAUUUUGAGUGGCUUGCUUCAGAAGCUCGCGGAUGUUGUUGUUAAUAGAAUGGGUGGACCUGUUACUAAUGCUGAGAAACUUACUAAGAGUUGGGCUAUGAGGAGUCGUGAGUUACGGGAUUCUAUGCAAACCAUUGUUCUUCCCCUUGGCUGUCUUGAUGUUGGACUUUCACGUCACCGAGCCCUACUUUUUAAGGUACUUGCUGAUAGGAUUAACAUUCCCUGCAUGCUGGUAAAAGGGAGCUAUUAUACAGGAACUGAUGAUGGGGCUGUGAAUAUGAUUAAAGCUGAUGAUGGAAGUGAGUACAUCAUUGAUAUGAUGGGUGCCCCUGGAACUCUUAUUCCUGCUGAGGUACCCAGCAGCCAGCUCGAAAGCACCAGUUUUUCUGUUAGGGGUUGUGCAGAGAUUGUUGGAUUACCAGAGAAGACAGGUUCAAUUGUAGAUGAUGGAACUGGUGCGCCAGGAGUCUUUUCUGAUUGUGGUAGAAUUUCAACAGUGGGGAGAGUCCGGACAGAAGAAUUAUUAGUUAUGGGCAGUCAAACAGAGCCUGAUGAAAUUAAUCAUGUUAAAGUAAAUGAGACAAGGAGAUUUGAACAUACAGAAGCAUACGAAUGCUCAUCACAUACAGGACCAUCACCUGCAGAGAAUAUGCAUGUAAAAAAUGUCUCUAAGUAUGUUCUCAGUGCAGCAAAGGACCCAGAAUUUGCCCAAAAAUUACAUAAUGUUCUACUAGAGAGUGGUGCCUUACCUCCGCCUGAUCUUUUUUCAAAUAUAAAUUCCCAGGAUAGGGGUGUAGAUAAAGUUAAUGAAAAAAAUGUUGAUUCUGUUCAAGAUGACACAAAUAGAUUAUUAUUAUUAAGGUAUGAAAAAUCUCACAUGCCCUCACAUGGGUUGGGCUCUGCCAGUGAUACUAGGUUAUGUCAAUCAGCUGACUGCUUAGCUGAACAACAAAAAGAAUUGCACACAGAUGUUGAAUUUUGCAAUUCUUCACAGAGUGAUAAUAUAAGGAACGGGUUUUUACAUGCUUCUGAUAGGGAUAUUGAUUUAGAGAAAUCUAACGCAAUGAAUGUUGUUUUGGCUUCUAUACACUCACAUAAUAAGUUAUGUAAAGAAAAGUGUACUGGAUCUUCUUUGCCCAAGGCAGCUCUUUCCUGUAAAGUGGAUAAUGGAAUUGGUUGUUUCUGUGAAGAUGAUGAAAAUGGCUAUGGAAAGAAUGUAGGAGUUUCUUUUAAUAACAGAGGGUUGGGCAAAGAUUCAGCUGUUCAGAGAAAUGAGAUGGAGGUUAAUGGAGAAUGCUAUGAUGGUAGAAACAAGGAAGUUAACCAAGUGCUUGGUGAAGGCUCAGAAUGGGAAAUUCAAUGGGAGGAUCUUGAUAUUGGUGAGCGUAUUGGUAUUGGUUCGUAUGGUGAAGUUUAUCGUGCCGAUUGCAAUGGCACUGAAGUUGCCGUAAAGAAGUUUCUGGACCAAGAUUUCUCUGGUGAUGCACUAGCUCAGUUCAAAUCUGAAGUUGAGAUCAUGCUAAGGCUGCGACAUCCUAAUGUUGUGCUCUUCAUGGGAGCAAUUACUCGGCCCCCACAUUUCUCGAUCUUGACCGAAUUUCUUCCAAGAGGCAGUUUAUAUAGGCUACUGCAUCGUCCCAAUAUUCGGCUUGAUGAGAAGAAAAGGUUGCGCAUGGCUCUAGAUGUGGCUAAGGGAAUGAAUUACUUGCACACGAGCCAUCCUCCCAUUGUACACCGAGAUUUGAAGUCUCCAAAUCUUCUUGUUGACAGGCAUUGGAUUGUUAAGGUUUGUGAUUUUGGUCUGUCAAGAAUGAAGCACCAUACAUUUUUGUCAUCAAAAUCUUGUGCUGGAACGCCUGAGUGGAUGGCACCGGAAGUCUUAAGAAAUGAGCCAGCCAAUGAGAAGUGUGAUGUAUAUAGUUUUGGUGUGAUCUUGUGGGAGUUGAUUACUACAAGAAUUCCCUGGAAAGGUUUGAACCCAAUGCAGGUUGUUGGAGCUGUUGGAUUCCAAAACAAACGGCUUGAAAUUCCAGAAGAUGUCAAUCCAGUAGUAGCACAGAUUAUACGUGAUUGCUGGCAAACGGAGCCACACUUGCGGCCAUCUUUCUCACAGCUGAUGUCUCGUCUUUACCGUGUUCAACAUAUGGUUGCCCCAAAAACGGGUUCAACACAUUAAACGAAGUUGUCUAUAACAUAGUUACUGUAAUAAUACCAAAAGUUGUUUGUUGGUUCAAAGAACCAGAACAGCUAGUUUUUUUUUUCGUCCAUCUUGACAUCAAAAGAUUGUUGACCUGGGAAGUCAGGUACAUUGAAAGUUGGCAGUGGACACAACCCUUUCAGAAAAGAGCAGGUCCCUCCCCAAUAUCUGCAUAAGUGCAGUGGAGGUUUAGUUGGAGUAGGUACAAAUGAAGGAUCCCGAGAGGGAAGAAAAACAAGAAACUGAAAUGAAAAAAAAAAAAAACGUACAAAAUUAUUCUUUGUCUGUAGAGGUCUUAUUUGGAAUUGUAAACAUGCGAUCUCUCAGGUUCUCAAGCAAAUGUAAACAGAAGAAAAAGAACAGAAAAAAGAAAAAAAAAGGAAAAAAAAAACAUUGUGUUUUCUAUUA